GGUGUUGCUCCGGACGCCCCCACCAAACCAAUCCCCAUCCGGCAGCGCGAUGGGAAGCAUGAUCUCCAGGCCGCGGCAGCGAGCGCACGCGCCGCAGCCGCCAACGCUGCCGCUGGACGACGACGACCUCCUCUCCGAGAUCCUUCUCCGCCUCCCGCGGCACCCGGCCUGCCUCCUCCGCGCCUCCCUCGUCUGCACGCGCUGGCGCCGCCUGCUCCGCGACCCGGGCUUCCUCCGCCGCUCCCGCGCAUUCCACCGAACACCGCCCGUGCUCGGCCUCUUCCGCAUCUCCCAGCGCAGUGGCCGAUUCGUCCCCGUCGGAGAGGCCCCGGACCGCGUCGCCAGCGCGGCCUUCGCGCUCCCCGACGCCGCCAGCUGGGUCCUCCUCAGCUGCCGCCACGGCCGCGCGCUCCUCCGCAGUCGACCCGGCUGGCUCCAGCUCCUCGUCUGGGACCCCAUCACCCGCCACCGCCGCUGCGUCCGCCUCAGCCGGCUCGGAUGCCACGUCAAGGCGUGCAAUGCCACCGUUCUUGGCGACCCGGUCGGCGUGGGCCGCCGCGAGGGCUCCUUCCGCGUGGCCUUCGUCUUCACCGGCAACGGCCGCGCGUCCGCCUGCGUCUACUCGUCUGAGACUAGCGCCUGGGGCAGGCUGAUCACGGCGGAGGCGCCUUGCGACGACGUCUGCGACAAGCCCAGCGCGCUGGUCGGGGACGCGGUCUACUGGUUGCUUGACGAGGGUGGCAUCCUCGAGCUCCAUCUGGGCAAAGAGAGUUUGGCCUCGGUGGAGCCGCCGCCGCACGCGCAGAGCCAUUACCUGGGGAACAUCCAGCUCAUGGAGUCUGAGGCCGGCGUGCUGGGCCUCGCUGACGUGAAGCAGUACAGCCUGCAUCUGUGGGUGCGGGAGGCCGACGGUGAUGGCAAUGCGAAUUGGGUGCUGCGCACUGCAUUUGACCUUAGCGUGUUCGCUCCGCCGCCAGGGAUGACUCCUCGGAUCACGUUUGUGCCGCCUAUCAAGAUACUUGGGGUUGAUGAGGGUGGCGAUUUCGCAUUUCUAAGGACCAUAUGCGGAAUCUAUAUGCUCUCCCUCGACGCUGUGGCAGUGCAGCUCGAGAAGGUCUCUGAUGCUGGCCUCAUGGAGAUUGUUUGUCCUUGCUCAAGCUUUUUUGUCGCAGCGCCUUCACAUGGCGAACCUUGCCGCAAAUUUGCAGAAAAAUAAGGUGGAGGCGGUGGUGGUGGGGAGGAUGGCCACGGAAACAGUAAAACUGAGAACCAUAAUUCACUAAGGUCACUCCAUUGAACCUACUGCUGAGAAACUGUCUAGGCUCAAGGAGAGGUGACGACAAGUAAUGAAAUGACGCUAUUUUUCGUAAGGAAGCGAAAGCUAUUAGCUAUGUGGAGAAACUUAUUACUUGAUCGAGGUGUAUAUGCUUGGUUUAUUACUUGGUUGUUUCAUAACAUGGCUACUUGUUUGUUAGCUGCAGAAUCGGCAGAAGUACAGUUGCGACUGUUGGGUCAACUGGCACUA